AUGGCGUCGCUCAAGAUGGACACGAAGAUUCGGGAUGCGGAGUCCCGAGUUGGACGUCUGCUCGCUGACUUCUACCAGAAGUUAGAGCAGCUGGACGUGGCCCACCCGCCGGAGCAGGAACCGAAGCAGUCGGCCAAGAUCCUGAUGGCAUCGAUUCGUCAGGUGCAAUUGAAGGCAACUGUGGAGCGUCAACUGACGCGCGAGGUUAAUAUGGCGUACAAGACCGACGUCAAGGCGUUUUGUCGGUGGCUGGUGUCGUUACUCAACAAUUUCAUGUUGUUUGAGUCGCAAUUAUUUGCUUCGGAUCGGCAGCGUAUGUAUGGCGAAAAACAACGUCGCCAGCAAGCGGCCCAAAAAUCGGAACCUGGCGCGCAACCCCGGCCUUCGGCAAGGCCUGCAACUGGCGCCCCGCAUACGAAGGGCUGUUUGAGGUGUGGUAGCGAAGACCACAAGGUCCUGAAGUGCCCGAAGUGUCCGCUGGGCGAGGCUCAGCGCCUCUUACAUCAGCUGUUCAAGAAGCCCCAAGUCGCGGCUGUGGCAGCGCCGGACAGGAGAGACGAGGUCAAGCCUAAGGUGGUGGGCGCGGCCGUCGAUAUGGGCGAAACGACGGCGGUGCCGGUACUGCGCACGUUAGAAUGCGCUAUCAACGGACUCAAGGUGACAACGCUACUAGACAGUGGUGCCGACCAGUCUGUGCUGUCGCCGACGUUUUUAUCACGUCUCAAAGUGACUGGUAAUUUUCCGUCGGCGGUCCGACUGUUGGACACCGCCAUAGAGCUGGACGGUUUCCUCGAAGGCAUGAAGCUCCAAGUGGACCACGAUGUCAAGCUAUGCCUGACCUUCGAAACGGCCGAAGGUACCAUGGUGUUAGCGAACCUCAACUGUUCGGUGGCGGCGACGCCAUUGCAAGAAGGUCUGGGCGACCUCAUUGUCAGUGUGUACGACCUGGACCGAUUGGGCGACAAAGAAACGCCGCAGAUGGCGGGGAUGAAGGUGGUCGAGACGAAGGAGAAACCUACUUUGUCAAUCAUGACGGAGAGCGGCCAUGAUUCUGACCAAGAAGUCGUGCAUGCGAAGCUGAAGGAGAAGGUCAGCGAAUGUCGUGCCGCAGGGUGUGGCGAGGAGUUCGCUACAGCGCUGGGGACGCUGCUAUUGCGUUAUGAAGAUGUGUUUCGGCUGUCCCUUGGCCGAGAUCCGCCGGCGCGGCGUUACUCGAAAGAGCAGCGCGAGUUUAUGGCCAAGCACGUCGAAGAGUUACAAGCGGCGGGUUUAGCUUACCGAAACCCUCGGUCGAAGAGGUGCUCGGCCCCGCUGAUCGUCAAGAAGCCCGAAGCGAACGACUUUCGCAUGACCGUCGAUGUCCGUCCUGUGAAUGCCCAGACGGAGCGCAUCAUUUGGUCGAUGCUCAUCUUAGAGGUUAUCCUCGAUCACCUCUCCGGAGCGGUGGUUUUCUUUACCCUGGACUUUCUCAAGGGUUAUUGGCAGUUUGCGUUGGAUGUGAGGUCGCAGGAAAUGUUCUCGUUCCUUACGGACAUGGGCCUCUUGACGGCGCUCGAACGCGUGCUGGUGAUCUGUGAGUCGCGCGGACUUAAGCUCAAUCCGAAGAAGUGUCGGUUCUUUCAGACCGAAGCGCGUUGCUGCAAGGAAGCCCUUGGCUGCGUGGUGACGUUGGCGCAUCCGAAGGCCGACUGCCUUAUUUGUGUGUUUGCAGACGCCAGCGAUUUACACUGGGGCGGCGUGGUUACGCAAAUUCCGUACGAUCAAGGCGCAUUUUCUGGAGCCUCGCAACGAUGGGCAAUCAUCGAGAAAGAGGCGUUCUCGAUCGUGGAGUGUCUGAAGCGUGCAGACUACCUGCUCCACAAGCCCGCGAAACUCGAUCGCUGGGCGCUACUUCGCUGGGCGCUACUACUCACGGGGUACGAUUACACCAUUUAUGACAUCUCUGGUGAUGGCAACGUGUGGGCGAAUAUGUUGUCCCGAUGGGGCACACAUUCCAAUCUGAUCCGCCCUAUCGUGCACGUGGAAGUGGGCGACAACGACGUGCCAGUGCUCAAGACCGCCACUGGAGCGGUGUGGAUUCCGACGUCUGCCAGUGACCUGCAGAUGCGGUUGUGUGUGGUCGCGCAUUUUGGUGUGGGAGGACACCGUGGUAUCAACGCGACGAAGCAGAUCCUGGUGGAUCGAUUUUGGUGGUCCGACAUUGCCUCGGACGUGGCGCACUUUGACGAUUUCAGCCAGUUCAAGUGGUUGUGGGAAUCCAACGUGGCGAACGCGCAAGUUGUGGGGCGUUGUUUGCUACAGUGGUUCAGCGUUUUUGGCGUGUGUUAUCACUGGGUGAGUGACCAGGGAUCCCACUUCAAGAACGAGGUGAUUGCCGAGCUCAAGCAUGCGUUCCGAGCACUCCUGUCCGAGUGGUUGAUGCAGCCAGACCAGUGA